AUGACUUCUCCUCCUGUGAUUGUUAUUGAUAAUGGCUCAGGCUUUAUCAAAGUAGGCAUUGCAGGUAAUGAAGCUCCAAAGUCUAUCUUCCCUUCAAUUAUUGGUACGCCAAAGUCCGAUCAAUUGAUGGUUGGUGGACAAAAUAAAGAUUAUUUUGUUGGAUUUGAAGCAGUUGCAAAAAAGGACUUACUCAAUCUUAAACACCCUAUUGAAAACGGUGUGAUUAAUAAUUGGGAAGAUAUUGAAAGAAUUUGGCGCCAUUCAUUUUAUGAUGAGCUCCAUCUUGUACCAGAGGACUAUGCAGUAUUAGUAACAGAAAAACCACUUACACAGAGAAGCCAUCGCGAGAAGCUAAUGCAAAUAAUGUUCGAAACAUUCAACGUAAAAGCCUAUAAUUCACAAAUGCAGCCUAUUCUUGCUUUGUUCAGUUUAGGUAAGACAGCUGGUAUAGUAUACGACUCCGGUGAAGGUGUAUCUCAGACAGUUUCUGUUUAUGAAGGCUAUGGAAUUACACAUACAAUAGUUCAAAGCGCUGUAUCAGGAAAUGAUCUCACAAAAUAUCUCUACGAAAAAUUGAAAGACAAAAAUGUCGAUCUUUCAACAGCAAAUCAAAUUAAAGAAAGAGCUUGUAAAGUUGCUCUCGAUUACGCAACAGCAUUGCAGGAAAAGGAAGAUCCACUUCCAUAUACACUUCCUGAUGGCUCUGUUAUUGAAUUAGGUACAGAAAGAAUCACAUGUCCCGAAUUCUUCUUCCAGCCAUCAUUAAUGGGUGCUAAAUGCGAGAGUGUUCACCAGGGCAUUCUUAACUCUAUUACCAAAUGUGAAAAAGAGAUACAGAGUACCUUAUUUAGUAAUAUCAUUUUGGCUGGUGGUUCAACAAUGUUCCGUGGCCUUCCAGAACGUAUCCAAAAGGAAAUUGUGUCUCUCGCACCACCAUCAGAGAAAGUUAACGUUAUUGCAACUGCUGGAAGGCGAAAUGCAGUUUGGCUUGGAGGAAGCGUCAUUGCAUCCCUUGAGGCAUUCCCACAAAUGUCUAUUGAAAAAGCUGAAUACACAGAAGAAGGUGUUUCUAUUGUCCAUAGAAAAUGUUAUUGCUGA